CUGCAGCAAUCUCCCAGGGUGGCUCCACUUUGCAUUUGCACUCAACUACUUUGCUGCCUCCUCUGCAGCUGCCAGACCUGCUUCUGCUGCUGCUAAGGGAGAGCAUCUGGGGAGUACCUUGCUGACCACUGAGAAUAUGAUGAGCUCAAGCUAUUGGAAUGAAAGAAGCAGCAGCUGUGGGACUCAGCAGUCCCCAGAGGGGCAGCAGUGCCAGCCCCAGCAUUACCACUGGUACCAUCAGUCAAGCCAAGCCCAGCAGCCUCCAGAAAAAAAUGUAGUGUAUGAGCGUGUGAGGACCUACAGUGGGCCCAUGAACAAGGUGGUUCAGUCCUUGGACCCCAUCAGCUCACGGGAAGUGUUCUCCCCUCUCAAAACUGCCUCCUCCUACCAAAACUUGGUUUGGAGCAACCAUUCCCAGGAACUCCAUUCUCCAACUCUGAAAAUAUCUGCUUGUGCCCCAAGCACUCUACAUUUAGCCCCAACUACUGAACAGGAACUCCAUUCUCCAACAGUGAAAGUCACUUCAUAUCCACAGACCACUAUUAGGAGAUAUAUAGUGCAAAAUCCUGAACAGGAAUCACUGUCGCCAUUCCUAAGAGGAGGCCAUUUCUUUCCAGGAAACAAUGUAAUUUAUGAAAAAACCAUAAGAAAAGUGGAGAAGCUAAAUACGGAUCAGGAAUGCUAUCCUCAGGUUCAAUGCCAUCAUCACUUUGUCCAACAGCCUCAGAUCAUCUACUCUCCACACUGUCAACAAUCUCAUUCUAGCCAGCAAACACAAACAAUCACAGGAAGUGAUUUAAUUUCUACAAACACUGGAAAUGAACUGUGCCAUGGUGGAGCAAACCAUACACAUGAGCAGGUGAUAAUGCAGGAUGAUGGCCCUGAAAUAUUGGACCCCAAGUAUUUUGGAGAGUUGCUUGCUGAUCUAAGCCGUAAAAAUACGGAUCUAUAUCACUGCCUGUUAGAACAUUUGCAGAGAAUUGGAGGAAGCAAACAGGACUUUGAGUCUACAAAUGAGUCGGAAGACAUUGAAUUGUUGAUUCCAAAAGGAUUGUCAGAAUUUACAAAACAGCAAAUUCGCUAUAUUCUGCAGAUGAGGGGUAUGUCUGAUAAAUCACUCCGGCUAGUGUUGUCCACAUUCAGCAACAUACGUGAGGAGCUUGGACAUCUUCAGAACGACUUGACAUCACUGGAAAAUGACAAGAUAAGACUUGAGAAAGACUUGGCAUUCAAAGAAACUCAAAUAAAAGAGUAUGAAGAACUCUUGGCAUCAGUGAGAGCAAAUAAUCGCCAGCAGCAUCAAGGACUUCAAGACUCAACCUCAAAAUGCCAAGCAUUGGAAGAAAACAAUCUCUCUCUUCGGCAUACCCUAUCAGACAUAGAAUACAGACUAAAAGAACUGGAAUAUUGUAAGCGUAAUUUAGAGGAAGAGAAUAAAAAUCUUAAAAUGCAGGUUUCUGAGACUUGCACAAGUCCGAUGCUGCAGGCUAAAAUGGAUGAGAUUGGCAACCAUUACAUGGAGAUGCUAAAAAACUUAAGAAUGGAGAAAGAUAGAGAGAUCUGCAAACUAAGGACUCAGUUAAAUCAGUACCAAAAGGAUGUUUCAAGAAGAGAGGGAAGUUGUAGUGACUUCCAAUUCAAGCUUCAUGAACUGACAAGCUUGCUGGAAGAGAAGGAUUCCCUUAUAAAGCGUCAGUCAGAGGAACUCUCAAAGUUGAGACAAGAAAUAUAUUCAUCUCAUAACCAACCCUCCAGUGGUGGAAGGACUACUAUUACCACUAGAAAGUAUAGGACACAAUAUCCAAUCUUAGGCCUCCUGUAUGAUGACUAUGAAUAUAUACCACCAGGUAGUGACACACAGACUAUUGUGAUUGAGAAAACAGAAGACAAAUGGACUUGUCCAUGAAUGAAUCUCCAAUUCAAAGGAAUUUUUUGGUCUUCAUUAGUACUUGGUUAUUUUUCCAUGACUAAAGCUAACUGAUAUUUUAAACCAUGCUGCUACCCAGCAAGUCCACUGGAAUUCAUUAGUUAUACAGAUGAUAGUUUCUCUAGCCAUUUAUAAGGCCUGAAUCCUUUCCAUCACAUUUUUGUAUUCAACAUAACAAUACACCACUUGUUUAAACUUCAAUUAUAGACACUAUAGGACUUAAUGCAAUAUUUUUCAAUAGGGUGUUUCCCAGACACUGAAUUAAUUUGUUGGGGUAAUGAUUUUACAAGUUAUCCAAUUAGAAGAUUUUCUGAUUUAGAUGUGCAAUUCAGCUACAAGAGUAAGCACUAUUUUUUAAUGACAAAAAUCAAGACUAUUGAAUUGAAAAAAAAUUGACUAGUGCAUGGUAUAGACAUUAUGUAUUUGCUUUUCUCAUAUUAAACCUUGAGAUUAAAGAAAUUAUUUAUUACAUGCUAUUUAUACCUCUUAGAGAUAUAACUAAAUCAAAGGUGAUGGUUAAUUUCAUUUAGCAGGGAAGUGGGAUUUUUUUAAAAUAACUAAAUCUACUAAAUGGCACAUUAUGCUAUUUUGGUUCUAAGUACAUAUCAGUGAUAUGGUAAAUCUGUUCUUUUGACGCAUAUCCCCAAAUGAGCCCAUUCAUUUCCUUAAAAACACAUAACAGUAUAUAUUAGUAGUGGGUGGAAGGAAAGUGGACAUUUUUAAUAGUGGUAUACAAAACAUUAAAUUGAAAUACUACAUAAAAGCUUAAGGAAUAAAAAUAGCAACAACAAAUACUUGAUAUCUGCUACUUAGGAGAAAGAGAUUUUAUAGUAGAGUAUUUAAUAUACUUAGAAGUUAGCUGAAUAAUUGGAUUCCAGUGACCUAAGUGAACUCAAGUAUUUUCUAAAUACCUUCAUAGAUAAGAAUGAAAUUUUAAAAUUUCAACUCCUCUGAUUAAGAAUUAGCAAAAAUUAAAAUGUUUGCAUUUGACAAAGUACAGACUAAGGUAACAUAAAUUUGAGUUUACAUGUGAAUGAGGUUUUGCACUGAAAUGUCUCUGCAAAUAUCUACAUAGAAGUCUUUCUUUUUAAUUAUGUCUUGAUAUGAAGCUAAAAGGCUUAUUUUAUUAUUUUAAUACUUUAAAAUGUUAAGCUGUAUAAUGUAUAUUGAUAUAAUUCCAUUACUAUUUUGUGAUAGAAAAUGUUUAACAUUCUUCAUGAGCUGUGUAGUCCUUAUAUUUUUUUCCCUUGGUGUAGGAACAGGAGGGAUGUUUCUUUUCUGUUAACUACUCAUAUAUGUAACCAACAAAAUUGUGCCGUGUUAUCUACCUAUUACAUAUGAUAAAAAUGGAAGUUUUUAGUAGCCUGAUAGUAAACUGCCACCAUAACUAUUUGAAAAUUAUAACAAGUUUGAUUUUCCCGAAAUACUCUUCAGUAAAAAUAAGUGCCCAAAUUUGGGAUAGUUAAAUCAGCACUUCAUCAGCUCACUUAAUCUAUGCAUAAUGAGAGAAGGGGGUUCACAACAAGGUGCUUAUUAUACUUAACAAAGUUAAAUGUAUGUAUUUCUUUUCUAAUUUUUGAUUAAGAUCAAUAGAAAUAGUAGUGAUUUUUUUUUUCCUCUCACAAGUUUCCCACAGCUUAUCUCUGAAAAUGGCAAAGGUAUUGACAGGUGAGGAAUGCCUGUUUAUCUAAUUUCUAUUCCAGUAUAUUUUGCUUUUAAGAUGUCAAAUAAAAUGGAGACUGUGCAAUGACAUACAAAGUAA